AUGGCGCCUUCUCGCGUUGAUAUACUCGAGCCUUUGAGCACUCCCAACCCUCUGAAGACCCAUCAAAACACAAAGCAAGAAACCCAUUACGGUGACUUUCGUGACGACUUCUUCAAGAAUGGCUACACGGUCAUCAAGGGCGUUCUGAGCAAGGAGCGCGCUCGUGAAUACCAGAGCGAGGCACUCGACUGGCUCGAGUCAUUCAAUAUCGGAUUCAACCGCCAUGACAGAAGCACGUGGAAGAAAGAAAACCUGCCUCAAAGCUUCAAAGGUGGAAUGUAUCUUCACUUUGCUGCGGCACACGAGAAGUACAUGUGGGAUGUCAGAACCGAACCCGGUGUUGUUGAGCCAUUUGCAAAGCUCUGGGGAACCGAUGAGCUGGUUGUCUCCUUCGACACCGUCAACAUCACACUCCCUCAAUCCAUCGUUGGUGAAUAUGAUUCCAAGCCUUGGCCUCACUGCGACCAGGCUCCAGAGCGCAAGGGAUUGUCUUGUGUCCAAGGCAUUGUGAAUUUGUCCGAAUCUGGACCGGAUGAUGGGGGCCUCGUUGACUUCCAUCCAUUCUCCGACAAAGAUCUGGACUGGUACCGCGAACACGGCUGUGAAUUGAUCAAAGUUUGUGCGGAGCCGGGUGAUUUAAUUUUGUGGGACUCGCGUGAGAUGCACUGGGCGCAGUUUGGAGAUUCUGACCUUAUUCGUACUAUUGUGUACGCAACAUAUACACCGGCAGCCUGGAUGUCGGAUGAAGACCGCGCAGCAAAGAAGGAGCUAUUCGAGAGUUAUGAAACUACUACCCAUUGGCCGCAUACCAAUCUCUACACCCAUGGCAAGGCAACAAUCAAAGUAGAUGGAGAGGAAGUACCGGACCCAUUGGAAAGGGAUGAGCCUCUUACCAAGCCAGUGAGGACUGAGAGGUUGUUGAAGCUAGCUGGUGUUGUUCCCUAUUAA